AUGCACCAGGUGCCGUACAGAACGGGACGCAGCAUCACGAGCGAAGGUCGAAACGACAAGAGUCUCCGGGUGCUCCAGGAGCAGCAGCAGGAGCAAACGCAACGGUCCUCGUCGUUGCACUGCCUGGGCCCGGUGCAACGUACCCUUUACGGCGGCGCCCCGCCGCUGCUACCGUCCAAUUUGCUGCUUAUAGGACUGGCGCUCUGCUGCCUGGCACUGCCAGCGGUGCAGCCGCGUCUCAGCAAUCAUCAUCAGACGUGUCCGGGUUGUCCGCAUCAGCAACCGCAACACCACCAUCAUCAUCACGCGCAACACGAAGGUCCGGCGCGCGGCGGCAACUUCAAGGACACCGCGCCGACCGAGGACUCUACCAACAAUCUUCAGAACAAGAUCCGGUUGGAAGCGAUCAAGCUUCAGAUCUUGCAGAAGCUCGGUCUCAGAGCUCGCCCGGACAUCAACAGGACUCUGGCCGCCGUGCCUCUUCAACUGGCGCUUGAAACACUUUACCGGUCAAAGGUCAACUUGGAUCGGGAAUAUCAGGGCGAGUUUCUCUACGAACGCGACGAGUAUUUGUACAGGAAUCUCGACCAGGAGGCGACCACCACCGAGGACAACGCCAGAACCUAUCAGGGGUACAAGGGGUACAACGAGGACGAGCUCGACGACUUCUACGCGAGAACCUCGGAGAUCAUCACUUUUGCCGAACCUGGACGCACAUUAAACGAUCACCCACUGCUGGAAUUCACGAUGUCGAGCAGCGGCGAACCGGCGUUGGAACCUUUGAGAAUCAAACGGGCCAUUCUGUGGGCGCGAGUGGAGCUCAAGCACGCCCAUCAGUAUCAGCAUCAUCGUCACAGCCAGUAUAACCAAAGAAAUAUCACUCUUUGGGUGUUCAGAGUACACUGCGGUAACAGAACGCACCUCCGAGGCAAGGAGCUCGGGCAGCACCUGGAGAUGGUGACAUCUCUCGUGGCGAACGUCGGCCAACUCGGCUGGCAGAAAUUCGACGUGACGAAGGUCGUCAGCGAAUGGUAUAUGAACUCGACGGAUAAGCUGACGUUGCUCGUCGACUGCAGCGGGUGCGGCUCCCGCGUCCACGUAUCGACCUUCGACGGGCACUCGCCGCACGUGAUUGAGUCGUCUUUAGAUUCGAAAGACGAGACCGAUCCAGACAACAGGCCGUUUCUGGUCGUGCGUACAGAUCCGGCUGCCGUGAAACGCGUGAGAAGACGAGCGAUCGAGUGCAACGACUCGAGUAGGGGCCAAUGCUGCAAGCAGAAGUUCUACGUGAGCUUCCGGCAGCUAGGGUGGGACGAUUGGAUAAUCGCUCCUCCGGGAUACUACGCCAAUUACUGCAGAGGAGACUGCGCGGCUGGUCACAGAACGCCGGACACGUUUCUCAACUACUACACCCACGUGAUUGAAGAAUACCGGAAGAUGGACCGGCUGGUCGGAAUGCAGCCGUGCUGCGCGCCCCUCAAGUUCUCGCCCAUGUCGCUCAUCUACUACGGUCCGGACUCGAACAUCAUCAAGAGGGAUCUGCCGAAGAUGGUGGUGGACGAGUGCGGCUGCCCUUAGAGGGCGGGUGGUUCGAGGGUAAAAUAAUAAAACAAAAAAAAAAACAAAAACAAAAACAAAAAAACAAAGAAACGAAAGAAAAAGAAGACGAUCGAGCGUGUCGUUCGUAAACGUUGCAAUCGCCCGCCUGGAUCGUGGUCCGGGUCCGGCAAAUCCGUCCGGCAAAUCGGUCCAGAAACCGUCCGAAUUUCUUUGGGUUUGAUAUCCGAUCGAGAGAGAAAGAAAGAAAGAGAGUAAGAGAGAAAGAAAAAAAAAAGAGAGAAAGAGCCGUUCGAGCGCCUCGCGUAAACGACAAGCGGCGGGCGCUCGAACGAUAUUCGCGAGGAGAGGGUAGUUUCCUGAAAAAAAACUGAUGAAAGUAGUCGACAAAGAGACUAGAUAAUUUUUGCUAGAUUACUAACCAAACGCGCCACGCGUCGACGCGAGUUGCGUCAAACGGACGCCUCGUCUAGGAUGCGAUUCGCGCGUGGCGAUAAAAAAUUAUACAAUUUUGGCCUUUCUGAGAGUAGAACGGUCGAGUAAAUAGAUUUAGAUCUUACCAAAACGGUAAUUUGUAAAAAAAAAAAAAAGAAAAACAAAAGUAAGAGAGAAGAAGAGAGAGAAAGAGACGCGGCGUCUCGAUUUCAAAGCGUCGUCUACGAGAUAUAUACAUAUAUAUAUAAAUAUAUAUAUAUAAUAUAUUUAUCUAUAUCCGAUUUAUUUGUACGCGAAUCGUAAGGAGAAAAGGCGUGAUAUAUAUACAUAAAAAAAAAAAAAAAAAAAUAAUGAAGUAUUCAGAGUCAGUAAUUCUUAUCCAAGAGCUUAGUCUUUCUUUAUUAGUUGCGUAAUGAGAGAGAGGGAGAGAAAGAGAGGGAGAGAAAGGGAGCGAGAAUGAGGGGGAGAGAGAGAGAGAGAGAGCGAGCGAGAAAUUCAAACGAUUGAAAGUAAAAGACGUGAGAGAGAGACUCUCUCUCUUUUACGUUUAUAUAUAUAAUGUAUAUAUAUUAUAUAAAUA